UCGGACCACAACGGCAUAUCGUUUAAGUUACACCUAAAACGCACAAGACACAACUAUAUCAAGCACACAACACGAUCAUAUAACACACGGAAAGCCAAUUGGACCCAGUUUCGUGAGAAACUGGGUCAAAUUUUGCAAUCCCAAAACAUUACAGUCACAAACAUCCAAGACACUAUCACAGCUACACAAUUAGAUUACAUCAUACACAAACUUAUACAGGCGCUAACUGAAGCGAGUGAGUGUGCAAUUCCCAAAAUUAGGAGGAAGGACACACUCACGUUGCCGUGGUGGUCUGAGGAGCUGUCGACGCUGAAGCGCGAGGUGGCCACCAGGAAGAGGAGGAUCCGGUGUGCGGCACCGAUUCGACGGUCGAAAGUGGUCGAAGAAUACCUGGAGGCCAGGACAAAGUACGAGACCAAAGAAAAAGAGGCUCAAACUAGGUCCUGGAAGGAAUUUUGCGGGAAACAAGACCGAGAGUCUCUCUGGGGGGGUAUAUAUAGGGUGUUGGGCAGGACGGCCAAGCGGGAGGAAGAUCCACCGCUGGUGGUAGAAAACACGGAAAUUGAUGCCAAGAGCUCCGCCCGACUUAUGGCCGAGACCUUUUACCCCAAGGACUCCGAAGAGCAAGACUCCGAGGAGCACCGACGGGUGAGGGCCCUGGCGGAGCUCACGGAUAGCGAGACUUCCUCGGACCAGGGGGACCCCCCUUUCACUCAUUUAGAGUUAAAGCUGGCGAGUCGUUCUUUCGACCCGAAGAAAGCCCCUGGAGCGGACGGCUUCACCGCCGACAUAUGCCUGCAUGCGAUAAACCUCAACCCGGACCUCUUCUUGUGCCUUUUCAACCGGUGCCUGGCAAUCCACCACUUUCCCGGGGCCUGGAAGGAGGCCACAGUAAUCUUCCUUCGGAAGCCCGGAAAGGCCACCUACACGACCCCAAAAUCGUAUCGUCCUAUAGGCCUCCUUCCGGUACUUGGAAAGGUCUUGGAAAAGAUGCUUGUCACUAGACUACAAUUUCAUAUAGCGCCUAGGCUUAGCACACGCCAAUUUGGCUUUAUGCCCCAACGGAGCACCGAAGACGCCCUCUACACCUUAGUGAAACAUAUCACACAUAAACUAGACAGCAAGAAGAUUGUCGUUCUGAUAUCACUGGAUAUAGAGGGCGCAUUUGAUAACGCUUGGUGGCCCAAAAUAAAGGUCAGGCUGGCGGAGGAAAAAUGCCCCAUAAACAUCCGACGGCUUUUGAGCAGCUAUCUAAAUGACAGGAGCGUCAAAGUCAGGUACUGUGGGGAGGAGUACGCAAUAGCUACCGAGAAGGGUUGCGUGCAGGGAUCUAUUGGCGGACCAAUAUUAUGGAACUUACUUUUAGACCCACUGCUCCGGGACUUGGAAACUAGUGGCGCGUACGUGCAGGCAUUCGCUGACGAUGUGGUGUUGGUGUUCGAGGGCGACACGGCCCUCGAAAUCGAACGGCAGGCCAACGCCGCCCUUGAACGUGUGAGAAUGUGGGGAGCGGCAAAUAAACUUCGAUUUGCGCCUCAUAAGACCAAUGCAAUGGUUAUGACGCGCAAAUUGAAGUACGACGACCCGCGUCUACGCAUGGGCGGGGUCGACGUUGCCUUGUCGAACGAAAUCAAACUGUUGGGUGUUGUCAUUGACCGAAAACUCACAUUCAACGCCCACGUCGCGAGUGUCUGCAAGCGCGCGGUAGCCUUCUACCAUCAGUUGGCACGAGCAGCUAAGGUCAGCUGGGGUCUCCACCCCGAAGUAAUCCGUACUAUCUAUGUAGCGGUGGUCGAACCUGUAGUUCUGUAUGCCGCCAGCGUAUGGGCGCCUGCUGUGGACAGGCUCGGAAUCCGGAAGCAGCUGAAUGUGGUCCAGCGAGGCUUCGCACAGAAGCUCUGUAGGGCAUAUCGCACUGUCUCCCUGAACGCGGCCCUGUUGCUCGCUGGGAUACUCCCACUCGACCUUCGCGUCCGCGAAGCCGCGGCGCUGUAUGAGGCGAGGAAGGGGGUGCCCCAGCGAGAGAUAGGGGAUCGGGAGGUAGAGCGAAUGUCCUCGGCCCUUCGGUCACCGCAUCCCGCCAGUCAUCUCGACCUCGAGUUCAAGUGCCUGAUGGACCAGGAGCAACUUAUGGCCAAUAAUGACAAUGACUUCAAUAUCUAUACGGACGGUAGCAAGAUUGAGGGCAAGGUGGGGGCGGCGCUAUCCAUAUGGAGUGACGCCGCCGAAACCAAAGCCCUCAAGCUUGCGUUACCGUCUUACUGCACGGUCUACCAGGCGGAGCUUCUGGCGAUAUGCCGGGCGGCACGGAUGGCCGCAGCAAACUUGGCCGGAUCUGUCGGAAUUUACUCCGAUUCAUUGUCAGCAUUGCAGACGCUGCAAAAUCCAAAGGCUCUCCACCCCCUGGCGGUAGAAGCGCGAGGGUUCCUGCGAGACGCUUUGCUCCAGAACAAACGUAUAAGCUUGUUCUGGAUCAAAGCCCAUGCAGGACUGGAGGGGAAUGAGCGUGCCGACAAUCUGGCCAAGGAGGCUGCUCUGAAGUCUAAACGCAAAUUUGACUACGACAGCUGCCCUGUCUCAUUCAUCAAGCGGAGCAUUCGUAUGCGAUCGCUUGAUGAAUGGAACGACCGGUACCGAGCCGGUGAAACGGCCGGCGUCACCAAAAUAUUUCUUCCUGAUGCGGUGGCGGCCUACAGAGUUGUAAGUAAAAUGGAGGUGGACGGACUCGUCACCCAGGUGUUGACGGGGCACGGCGGAUUCUCCGAGUACUUGCAUCGCUUCAAGUGCAAGGAGAGUCCGUCCUGCAUCUGCGACCCCGGGGUGUCCGAGUCUGUUCCCCAUCUCCUGUUUGACUGUCCAGUUCAUGCGUAUAAACGAAUGAAGCUGGAACAAGAGAUCGAAAUUCAACUGUCGAUAGGAUUAUCGUUUGCAGCGUCAUCCCGCAACGGUAUCCUGAGAUACAGUGUCCAAACUUUAACCAUCAAUAUCACCGCAGCCCAACAUCCAACAAACAAGCCACAAAUACCAUCUAACAGCCCGCAAGAAGAUCUACCGGAAGGUGAAAUCCGCUUGAAGAUCGGACGCCGGGAUCACCAUAAAAAGGUACAGCGAAAUUUGGGAAAACACGUGCUUCUAGCGUGGAAAAUUUUCAACCGACCUAGAUUUCGCGGCGUGCCUCGUGUACCGGUGACGUCGGCCGACCGGCGAACUUUGCCCAGUACUCCAACACGGGACCGAAGGCUGCGCCCCCGCGAGCAUCAUCACACGGAGGACCAGUACAUCAGGCCAUCAGACCACAAAACGCACAAAAAACGACCCACGUGGCUCACUGCACACAAGAAGGCACAAGAGCCAACAACAUCAAGCUCCAGCGUGCAACGGGCAGCACUCAACACACAGCGUUAG